GGCUCUCCCCUGUCCCCUGUUCCCAACCUCCUUCCGCCGCCUCUCUCCCGCCCUCCCUCCGCAUUUCCCCCUCCCCCGCCGCUGCUCUCGGCUCCGAGUUCCUCCAGUAGCCCACCGUCCAAGUUCGCCUCCCCAAGUUCUGUCCCUUUUGGCCGCCGCCCCCAGGUCACCCCCUGCCUCGACGUCGCCCGCCGGCAGCCGGCAGCUAGCCAGCUCUGAUACAGUCUCCAGCCGCGAGCUCUGAGCAAGUGUGAUAUGCAGUUCCCAGCUUUGGAGCUUAUAUCUAUAUUCCAAAUAUGCUGUGCUUGUUGUUCUCAAUUUUAAAUGAAGGACUGAUGCUUGUUACACAGAUUAUGGCAGGAUGUUUGUUCUGAGCCAGAUUGAGCACAAUCUGCCGAUGCCGCCACACUUGCUGAGCCGCCCUCUAGUCGAUGCCAUCAAGACCGAGCUUGAGAGGCUCUUCCUGGAUAAGGUGAUCACAAAUCUUGGCCUCUGUGUGUCUGUCUAUGACAUUCUUGCCGUCGAAGGUGGAUUCAUCUUUCCAGGAGAGGGCUGCUCGACGUAUAAAGUUUCCUUUAGGUUGUUGAUGUUCAGGCCCUUUAUUGGGGAGGUUCUUGUUGGGAAAAUCAGUGGAUAUGACGAAAAGGGUUUACAAGUUUCACUUGAUUUUUUCAGCGACAUAUGCAUUCCAGGACACUUGAUGCAGUAUGGCACAGUGAGGGGGGAAGAUGGUAGGUGGAUGCUGAAGACUGAUGAUGGCGAUGAACUUUAUCUUGAUAUAGAUGAUGAGAUACGAUUCUUGGUAUCUGGCAUAAAAUACCCACCUAUACCAGUUGAGCAAAAGGAGGAUGACAAGCCAUUUGCUCCAAUGCAGAUCAUUGGAAGUAUUAAAGGAGAUGGUCUGGGUCUUCUUGCUUGGUGGGCUGCAGACGAAGAAGAGGCAGAGGAAGAAGAAGAGCAGUAGCUGCAAGUUACUUUGGUAAUUGCUUCUUGUAUUAGAUAUUUAGCCCAUUAGUUAGCAUGUUAGAAACCCUAGAACCGGUAUCUAGUAAUAGCUGUUAUGAACUGUUUCCUUGCAGAUGUGCUGCUGCACGCCCCCUUAGAAACGGUAGUUUGUAAUGACACUAGGAAAGAAGAAAAAAUAGGUCAGGUUCGAAGUUGAAAACAUAUGUGAUAUGAGUUAGAGAACGUCCUGGAAGUCAAUUUCUGUGUAAAAGAUCUAGGAGGGAAAUCAAUUUCUGACGGUUACUGUGGAAGUGUGAAAUCGUGGACAAGAUGCAGAUGCCGCUGAUAUUUUGGUUUACGGCGUAGCAGUCUCCUCAGAGGUUGGACGCUUGUGACGCUUUCAGAUAUCCUAGUUGAGUUUUCGACAGAUUUUUGGUGAACUUAUGUUUUCGUGAUCUGA